AUGCCGAGCCACCCCCCAUCUGUCGCUCGCUUUCCUCCUCCUCGCGACGCCUCUCCAGAUCUUCCUUCUGAUGCUCGUGAUCCCUCUGACGAUGAGCGGUGGUAUAACGGAGAAGGGUGGGCCCCGCCUCAGCCUGGGACGUUGUACGCGCGGGACUGGGACAUUCGCAACGACUUCGUCCUGGACGUCCUUCGGUGGGAGCGGCGCAUGGUCGCUGUUGGAGAGUGCCUGUCGGAUGUGGCAACCGUCCUCGAGCAGUUGCACGCCGGCCUUGAGGAGCGGAAUCUCGCUUCCCGCGACCCGCAGUUGACUGAGGCGCAGCAGGCCGUCGUGCGCCAGGCCGCGGCGCAGGGAUUGUGGCGUCUUCUCCGUUUGCCGCUGGAGUCCGAGCGCCCCCGCCAAAACGAAGGGCCGGGCGCAACUGCUUUCCGCCGGGUAGCCAUGGCAGCCGAGGAGUCUCCCCUCCGGCUCUUGCCCGCCCUCGCGUCUUUGCUGCGGUGGAUCCGCCGACGCUUCUACGUGUUGAACCGCGUGUAG